AUGGGCAACUGUUUCGGCAAGCCCAAGUCCGACAACUUCUCGAGCUCCGGCCAAACCCUCGCCAAUUCCUCCGCCAACGCUCCGAAGCCCGUCACAGCAACGACACCACUCAAGCCCAAAACUGCUUCAUACUCACCCACACCAGCGCAAGGACGCACGGUGGGCGGGGCUUCCACUUCUGCACCUGGUAGCGAUCCUCGCGCUGCUGCUGCUUUGGCUGCAGAGGAACGACUCAAAGCAAGUCAAGCAAGAGAAAAGGGGAAGCUCGGUAGACAACUCGAUGCUCAGAAAGCGCAGACACACAACCAGGUCCUGGACGAAACAAGUAGAGACAACCGACUCGCUAGAAACGCAGACGAGAAUGCUCAAACCAGAACUUGGAAUUGA